AUGAUGGCUUUCAAUCAUCACUUAGCGCUUGCUAUUCCUAUUCUCAAAAUACCACAUCAACUCCAAUCACUCUCCUCUUCUUCUUUCUCCUCAUCUUCAAACACUGUUUCCUACAUGACAUCAAGUACGGAACAAUUUCAAAUGUUUAUCAAACAUUUAUUGAAUGAUUUUCAAUCUCUUCAACAUGAUCGAUCCUCUUCUUCCAUAAAAAACAAACCUGAUCGAGCAUUGAACUUUUUCACUGAAAGUGAAUCUCCAUUUCAUAAAACAGAAACUGCUCUCAUUGAACAAACGGGUCAUUCUGUAAAAACAUUUUCAAUUGCUCGAUCUGCAAAACCAAUGAAUUGGAAAGAACUAUUUCAACUUGUUAAAAAUUCGAGCAAGAAGGAACAUGAAGUAUCCUCACCUUUGAUUUCAAAACCAAAAUCACAUCAUGGCCAUUCUAAAUCAUCAUUUUCUUCGGAACCACAACCUCCAGAUCACAGAAGAAAUUGGGUUCCAACAUUUAUUGGAAAUGUGAAUCCUUCAGGAAAUGGUUUAAAUUGGAGUAAUGCUCCUUGCUUCAAAAACACUUCUGCUCGAAUCACAAAUAUUGAUAAUGAUAGCCAUUCAGUCACUAUUGAAUUUAAUACGUAUGAACCAUCUUCAAUGUUUUGCUAUGAUUGGUACUUUAUUACAACUCGAGAAAACUAUUUUGUGAAAGUUUUAUUUAUGCAAGGAAAACAUGAAGUUGUGUUAAAAAAUCUGAAUGCAGAAAUUGGUGAAUGGCAAGACGUCUUGCAAAAUGGAUUGAGACUUUUUGAAUUUAAAGAUCAAAUUUUCCAAACCAUUAUAGAUGCAUUUAAUGCAGGUAAAAUUUUAGCAGGAAUGUACUUUGAGGAAGAUAAGAUUAGUUUUUUGAAACGUGACAUGGGAUUUGAGUUCAAUGAAAGACCCGUGAAAGAAAUUUGGUUAGAUGAUUCGGAAUUGGAGAGCGGAGAUCUUGUAGCUCAGUUGCAAAUGAGUGGAUUGGAUUGUCUUUUAAUGUAUGGAACUGGUGCAAGAAUUGGUCACAUUGCAUCCAUUCUCAAAAUUGAUGGAAUUAAAUAUGUUGUGGAAUCUACAGAAGAAGGAAUUCGUAAAACAAAAUGGGCCGAAUGGUAUUUAUCGAAUAAGGGCGACUCAACCAUUGUUAUUGCUCGUCUCGCUCCACGAUAUCGAAAACUCUACAAUGAAUCUGCAGCCGCAGCUCUAUUUAAAACUCUCGACGGUAAUGAAUAUGGGUAUAACAACAUUGCAUAUGCAUGGAUUGAUACAGAAAAUGACAAUUAUCCAACUCCAUUGUCAGGUGAAAUGAUUGGUGCUACUUUUGUUUUAUUUAAUAAUUGGUAUAUGGGUUCAGCGAUUCAAUUACUGUUUGUGAAAGGAAUGAAUCAGAGAUUUAGACAUUACUAUGGAUUGAAUAAGAACUGCACCGAUAUUAUGUGCGUUUUUGAAACAAUUACAGAUUUGAAUAUUACCAUCAAUUAUGCCUUGACGCUUCCAGAACGAGAUGGUUGGCUGUAUGAUAACGGCAAACCUCAAAUGGUGUGUAGUGUCAUGUACAUGAAUUUGCUUAAAGCUGCAGGAAUAUUUGGUAACUUGACUCACCACUUUGAAAGUGCUGAAUUUACUCCCAAGGAUGUCUAUCAGUUGGAUAUUUGGGACAAGAAUUGGCAAAGACCAAAUCAAUGCAAUGCCAACAAUGAUAAUUACAUGUUUUGUCAAGUGGCAGGUCCUUGGUAUUGGCCUAUUGAUGACUUUUCAACUAUUAAGCCUUACCCUCACAUGAAUGAGAGAUGUGGAGCUGAACCAAUGGAUUACAAGCGUCAUCCAGAGUUUUGUUAA